CCAACACCAAGAAACGCCAAUUCAACAAUUUCAAGACUGCCAUCAGGGUUGUUUUGAAGAGUCGACAGCUUCACUUUCACUCCAUUAGAAUCACAAAAUAUCUGGUGAGCCCAGAGUAUCACUGGUCCAGAAUCCCCAGGCGAGCGACUUCGGCGAGUCAUCGAGGUUGUGGCAUCUUUUUUCUGGACCUUGUAUUGAUUGACUCACGGCGACGUGUCGAUUGUGGAUAAAACAACAAGCCCCUGCCAUCACAGGAGGCUAUCUCAGCUUCACUUUUCUCCGCUAAACUCACCAAAGAUUCAGCAAUUUGGACCUCCCCCCAAAACUGAAUCUCUACGAAUUUCCGGGUUUCCACCGCCAUGUCUAUGUUUUCGCGUGCUGCUUGCCGCACCCUCAAAUCUGCCAUGGCUCAUCCUCAGACCCGAUCUUUGUCAAGUGCCUCCGGGCCCAGGCAUCUCUUGUCUAUUAGCGAUCUCAGCCCGGCCGAGCUUACAAAACUCGUCCUCAAUGCGUCAUCUCACAAGGCCGCCGUCAAGGCUGCUUUCGCCGCCGGCCAGCAACCCCCGAAACCGCUGCACGGUGCCCUGACUGGCAAGACGGUGGCUAUGAUGUUCAACAAGCGCAGCACCAGAACCCGUGUCUCGACAGAAGCGGCCGUGCAAAUGAUGAGUGGCCAUCCCAUGUUCUUGGGCAAGGACGACAUCCAACUCGGGGUAAACGAAUCCCUCUACGACACAUCGGUGGUGAUCUCCUCCAUGACCUCGUGCAUGGUAGCCCGCGUAGGGGCGCACAAGGAGGUCGCGGACCUCGCGGCGCACUCCUCGGUACCCGUGAUCAACGCGCUGUCCAGCGACUACCACCCGCUGCAGACGAUCGCCGACUUCCAGACCAUUCACGAGAGCUUCCCCGCGCGCACGCCGACCGGCGCGAGCCUGGGGCUGGAGGGCCUCAAGGUGGCGUGGGUGGGCGACUCCAACAACGUGCUCUUCGACCUGGCGAUCGGGUGCGUCAAGAUGGGGCUGGACAUCGCGGUGGCGUCGCCGGCCGGGUACGGGAUCCCCGCGGCGAUGAAGCAGGUGAUCCUGGCGGCGGGCGAGGGCGUGGCGAGUCCCGGCCAGCUGGCCGAGACGCACGUGCCCGAGGAGGCGAUCAAGGACGCCGACAUCCUCGUGACCGACACGUGGGUGUCGAUGGGCCAGGAGGAGGAGAGCCAGAAGAGGCUGAAGGCGUUUGCCGGGUACCAGAUCACCAACGAGCUCGCCAAGCGCGGCGGCGCGAAGCCCGACUGGAAGUUCAUGCACUGCCUACCGAGGCACCCCGAGGAGGUCGAUGACGAGGUCUUUUACGGUUCCAGGUCGCUUGUCUUCCCGGAGGCCGAGAACAGGCUCUGGGCUGCUGCCGCUGCCUUGGAAGCCUUUGUCGUCAACAAGGGCAAGAUCCUAUAAACGAGGCGAUCCGGGUCUGAUUUUCAGUUACACAUUACUACUUCCAAGUCAAAGCAGGCGUGGCUUUCGGCGCUGGGGACUAAAAAGUUCACAAUACCAAAAUAAGUUUCAUAUUGAUCAA